AUGCCAUCGUGUCAGCGCUGUUAUUCUCGUAAGACCCGAUGCGACCGGCGGAUCCCAGAGUGUACAGCGUGCGUUAAAACCGGCUCCCAGUGCCGAUAUCCCGAUAAACGCCGAGACCGCCUACGCCAGCAGGACUACCUCAAUUCAGUUGAGAUACGCCUUCAGGAAUUGGAGAGAGAAAAACAACAAGCGAAUCAGCGUGCGUCGGGCGAUGCUGACGCUGGGGUUGCCCUGCAAGAUGAUGUCGGCUCGGCGUGUGCUGGGGAAGGCCUCGGCAAAGCAGCGAGGCAACAUCAUGCAGAGCCUCAAACCUUGCAGUCUCCGGCGAUAUCUAUCGACACGAUACAGAAAACCCCACGUGAAGAGACCCGGUAUUUAGGCUCUAGUAACGGGGUGGGUUUUGUGGAUGUUGUUGAACGGGUUGUCGAGACCUCUUCGACGGGCGGGUUAUUUGAUCGACUCGCAUCUAGCAAUGCUACACCCGAAAUAAAAAAACCACUACCAGUUGCUAGCGACCCCGUGCAACUCGUUGACAGAGCACUGGCUAUGCCCUUGGUCGAAUCAUAUUUCGAACACUGGCAUGUGACGUUUCCACUGCUGUAUCGCCCCGCCUUUAUGAGUAUGAUCGAGGAGAUGUACCAUGAUCAUGAUGUAUAUCAUGAAUCUCCCACAAAAGCAUUUGCUUUCGAUAUGGUUUUGGCAUUGGGGUCGGUCUCCUCCAAGAGGGGCUGGCCGUUUGGUGACGCGGAGUCUCAUUUUGCCAGGGCUGUGGCUCGACUGGACGAGCUGUCAAAGCUCCGAGAUAUCCGCUCUUUGCAGGCGCUUCUUCUAUAUUGCAAAUAUGGAAUCCAUGCUAGCCUUCGCGAUACCUCUAGAGAGAUGUGGGAGAUACUAGGCAAGGCAACCCAGCUUUGCGUGGAACUUGGACUUCACAAUGAGGUCUCGACUGUGGCUAAGAGGUGCGAAAUGCACCUCACUGGGCCCAUACCCCCUUCUUUGCUGUUGGAAAUGCAACGACGUUGUUUCUGGUGCUAUUAUAACCUGGAAAGGAUUGUGACCGUCUCCCUUGGCAGACCACUUGCACUUUACGACGACGAUAUCCACGUGCAAUUACCGUCGGAGUUAGACGAUGCAUCUCUCGAUAGGCAUGAGAAUUCGGCAAUCUCUCUACGAAAGACAUCUCCUUUUCUCCAUCAUAUAAGACUACGCAUGAUCCAGGCGCAGAUCCACCGGUCCAUGUACACAAGCCGAUCCACACAGUCACUCUCCCUUCGUGAACGGCAAAUGAUACGAAGAGAUCUCUAUAAUGAACUGCAAUCCUGGAGAGAUGAUGUUGAACACCUUGCGCUACCCGCAGGGGAGAACGCUUCAGAAGUGCCUUCGGUGUUCUACCAUCUCAACUGGUAUCACGCCUUGUACCACAGCGGCUGCCUAAUGCUCUUCCGCCCAUCCGCGACAUUCCCUGCAAUGGAAGGACUAGACGAUGAUGAAGACAUUGAUGAUGUUCUACUUAUCCUCUGGCAUUCAUCUCGCCAGGUUCUAGCGAAUUACCUCGAGCUUCUGCGUGUUCGUCACUUGAAUUACUCAUGGUCUUGUCUGUAUAUGAUCUUCAUGGCAGGGCUGGCGAAUGUGUACUGCGUGGGUUGUUGUGCUAAAAGAAAACGACGGGGUAUUGCUGCCUUUGUCCCGUCCUACUGGGACGCUAUUUCUGAUUCGCGUGAUUGUUCGAAUCUUUUGACUGCUUUCUGCGAGAGAUGGAAUGAUGCGCGCUCCUCGUGUGAUAUCUUCAACAGGCUCAGUAUGAGUGCUUUGAAGGGGUUGGCUGCUGUGAGCUUCACGCAAAGCGACGAAACUUCAAAUCCUACGAAAGAAAGAAUGGUGGAGCUGAAUCAACCCCGGCUAUCGUCGGAGACUGCGACGAAUGGAGAUGGAUCGACUGGUGUGCCUAUGCCUUCCAAUUACGCUCAUUUAUUAACAGGUACCCUUGAGCACCCGGCUACAGAUGCAGGGCUCGACCAAUCUGCACUCAACUGCCUCGGUGACUUUGAUCCCAUCGUCGAUUUCCAGCAAGUUUUUCAGGACAUGCAGUAUUCAAUACACAGAAGCAACUUUGCGGAAGCAAAUGAAGUAUCGAGAGGGUUCUCCCAGGAUUGGUUUUGA